UUGACAUCCACCAUAUUCCUUUUGUACCCACCCAUCUGGGGUGUGAUCUACGCUGCACUCUUAUAAGAGCACAAGGUAACAGAUCGCACUCGAAAACAGCAGAAUCAACAUCAAACCCGUUCUCUACAAUGUUGAUCAAACAGGCUCUGGUAUCGGCUCUUCUGGCCCCUGUUGCUUUGGCUGCCACCAACACAGACACUGUUUUCUCUGGUUUCGACAAUCUUCACAAACGAAUCCUCUCCGCCCAUGACUGCCUCAAAGCCUUCAACGGCGGCGUCACACAGAGUCUGUACUGUGGUUUCGAGUUUUACAACCUCUUGACGAGCAGCAGCUCUGCGAGAAAAGACCUGGCAGAUUUGGAUUCUGUCCCCGCGGAUCAGGUCCAGACUUACUUGGACUACUAUCAUGACAUUCGUUCGUCUGUUUCCAAUACUUUGAGUACCGGAGCGUCAAAGGUCGGUGAUAUGGACUCAGCGGGUCUGAAGACGUUUGCGGGAGUCAUUCUCCGAAACUUUGUCAGCGAAAGGGCGACUUUCGAGACCUUUCUUAGGGAUGAGUUUGAAAAGACUCUUGCAGUCUUCGUUUGAGCUCGCCGGCUGGAUAUGAGGGCAGAUAUUUGGCAGUAAACCUUGCGUGUCUUUUGAAACCAACACAUUGUAUU